AUGUAUGUCUUUUAUUUAUUCUUUAUUGUAGCAGUAGUAGCCUUCAAAUUGUAUUUUGGCAAUGAAAUGAAGCGAAAGAGUGACACUGUCAAAGAGAUCGAUCUUAGUGAGAGAGUAGUGAUCAUCACUGGAGCCAAUGCUGGUCUUGGCAAGGAGAUCGCUUUAAGAUUGGCGCGACGAGGUGCGCACAUCAUAAUGGCUUGUCGAACAGAGUCCAAAGCAAACCAAGCCAUACAGGAGCUGAUCAAAGCUACAGGCAACACAAAGAUAGAGUUUAUGCAGCUAGACCUGCUCUCGCUCGAUUCUGUUGUGUCCUUUGCCGCUGCUUUUAGACAGAGAUCACUUCCAUGUCACAUCCUUGUAAACAAUGCAGGAAUAAUGUGGCUCACAGAGGACUCUGUGAACCAACCACCUCUCACAACACAGCCCGACAACUCUGUAUUCAACACCCAGUUCUUAGCAAACUACAUCGGACACUUACUACUCACGCUGUCCUUGUUUGACAUCCUAAUGAAGUCGUCAUCGAGCAUUCUUAAUGUUUCAAGUUCAGUUCACAACCUGUCAUCACUCAACCUCGACAACCUCACUGGAAAUCACUCUCAGACCUUCAUUACUUACUGCCAGAGCAAGCUUUGCCAAAUCUACAACACAUACGAGCUUCAGAGACGCAUUGAUCAGUACAGCGCCGAUCAUCCAGAAGAGCCCAAGUGUGUAGUGAACGCAGUGCAUCCUGGAAUCUUUGCCAGUGAAAUCGUCAGUCUCCCUUGGCCCCUCAAAGGACUCUACCAUACCGUCUUCAAGUCGGCGGCCUACUGCUCAGAGUACAUUGUAGAAUGUCUCGUCUCCCAACAGCUUCAAGGAAUUGGAGGGAGGUACUUUGAUCAUGGCCGUCAAACCAAGUCAUCACGUGCCUCCUAUGAUACUGCUGUCUCAUCCCAAUUGUUCCAAAGGACAAUAGAACUCAUCUCUACUCGUCUGCCAUCCAAUUGCAAUCCAUUGUCACCAUCUGGUUCUUGGUUGUAG